AUGUUGCGUCAAGUGAGCAGAUCGGCACGGGUUGUGUUGCGGUACGGUACGGCCGGGCGGCAGGCGGUGCGCUUGAAUUCGACGAGUGCGGGCGCAGUUGACCCCAAGAUCGCGCAGAUUGUGGAGCAGAUUUCGACGCUGACGCUGCUCGAGACGUCGGCGCUAAUUGGGGAGCUCAAGACGCGGCUGAACAUCCCGGACAUCGCGAUGGCGGUGGGCGGGGCUGCCGCGCCGGCCGCGCCGGCCGCGCCCGAGGCGGCCGCCGAGGAGGAGGUCAAGGAGGAGAAGACGAUCUUCGCGGUGAAGCUGGAGGCGUUCGACGCCAAGUCGAAGCCCAAGGUGAUCAAGGAGGUCAAGAACCUGCUGGGGCUGUCGCUGGUGGAGGCGAAGAAGUUCGUUGAGGCGGCGCCAAAGGUGCUGCGCGAGAACGUCGCGAAGGAGGAGGCCGAGAAGGUGAAGGCCUCGCUGGAGGCCCUGGGCGCGAAGGUGGUGCUGGAAUGA